AUGCCAAAAGGGGCAAUUCAUUUCACCGGAUCGAACUUCGCCAUCAGAAGAAGGCUCAGGUGGGAUAUUCUCGACAGAAUGAGGAAGCUGAUCGAGAAUGGAACUUACAAGAGGCCGAGGUGGAUGGACUGGGUGGAGGCACAUCCGCCGCUUGACACGAGGAAUCUACUACACACAGACAGAGUUGUUAAAAACCCAUAUGUUCCUCUUAUUUCAAACUUGCUAGAUAGGUACCCUCAUCUGAGGUUUGAGGGAUGCUUUGACCCGGACAACGAAUGGCAAAAGGGAUUGGAUUUUUAUACACACGAUCACCCAGUUAUGCAAUUUGUAACAUAUCAACUCAGUCUCAUGAACAAAGGAAUCGAUAAGGAAGAGGCCUUUAGAAGGACUGAAAAGGUAUUCUAUGAUAAGAGAAUAGAGUCUGAGAAGAGACAAAAGGUUAAAAUGGCGCUCGGAGUGGACACAGAUUCAUCGCCAAUAUAUACAACAGGAUUCGCGUACCAUAACGAAAAAAUCGCAAAUAAUAAAGAAAAAUUACUUUUACACAUAAGAGAUGAAUUAAGGUAA